AUGCACACCUUUUUCUCUUGCUCUUUUGCCCAAGAAGUCUGGAAGCUAAUCCCUCUAAGACAAGUAGUUCACCUAGCUACGAACAUAAACUUCAAGCAAGCUCUAGUUGAAUUCAGGACCGCAGUCUGUUUGCCUCCAUCAGGGAUUGCAACGACGGCCUUCCCUUGGGUCCUUUGGGCAAUUUGGUCGACUCGAAACUUGCAUGUCUUUGAGAAUCGGAUUCUAUCACCUAUGGAAACAGCGACAAAAGCUCUGAAUCUAGGAAGAGAAUGGAACAAUGCACAACAACAGAUUCAAUCGGUGAAGAAAGUGAUACUUACAUUAAGAAGAUCGACAGGAAACAAUGGUGAAAGCGGCACCUACACGACAUGUAGAUCAGAUGCGGCAUACGAUAAGAGAUCAAAACGGGCAGGAAUCGCUUGGAUCUUCUCUAAUGGAAACGGAACUCACCUCAGCCAUGGUUCAGCUACGCUUGAAUCGAUCACCACACCACUAGUAGCGAAGCAAUUGCGCUCCGAUCUGGUCUCCUCUCUGCAUUGGAACUUGAGCACCAAAAGCUCAAAGCUUUCUCUGACAACCUAA